AUGUUCUUCAAAGGAAGAACCUGGCUUUGGUUAUACAUCACAACAGGUUUUGUUCUAGGGAGUGAACUCCACGGCCCAGAGCAACGCGGAGGGAAUAAUUGUUUUCAGCUGAACAGCUUUCGGUGCAGCUUUGAGGGAGCAGAACGUUACUGUCAUGCUCAGGGAGGACACCUUGCUUUCACCUGGAACCAGGAGGUUCAAGAUCUCCUCUGGGACUUUCUGGAAAAAGAAAAGUGGUGGGUCGGGGGAAAUUUAACGUUGCCGAAAAAACACCAAGAGAAAAACCAUCCAGCAGAUGUCACAGCCCGCCCAGCCACCAAGCCCGCCAGAUGUGUCUACCUGACCAGAAGUCACAAUCAGACCUCAUCCAAAGAGGGCUCUUGCUCAGCGAAGCAUUACUUCAUUUGCCAAGCUGAUGCCUUUUCAGACCAAGAUGCCAAUUAUGAAAGAAAUGGAAACAAUUCUCAUUCACGUGGGAAGCUCAAGAGGACAAAAAAAGAAGUCAUAAGACCGAGAAGCAAAGUGACCUCAGGAGACACUCAUCUUUCAACCACAUGUCACCAGCCUGCUCAGGCUAACACGUCCAAGACUCUGUGCCAUCAUCUCAGCCUAUUUCCUUCGGUGCCACCUGAAGUCACACCACAGGGGGUGUCAGUCACGGCGGCACCUACCAGCAAGCCUCUCCCUCUGACACCAGAGCUCCCCGGGCCUGGAUCUGUAACACGUGCUGGAAAAGCUCUGGAAGAAAUAACUUCAAGCCCCAAAGAGGACUCACACCCAAGUGUCUUCACCAGUCACCCACAAGUACCCUUACAGAAUGCACCUGAUCAGGUCAUAGAUGAGAUAACAGGGAACUUUAGCAAAGCAGUUCUUGGUUUGCGAACUCACAACAAACUGCAGAAAGCUUGCGAGAUCCUUGAGGGACUGGCAGCCUUUAUCCCAGGAUUUUCUGAGUCAGCUCAGGUCAGGGUCAUCAAUACCCUUACAGACUUGAAUGAGCAGCUACUGCAGAGCCCAUUUCUGAACAGCAGCAACCCAGGCUCCAGAACACCUGUGACUGUCUGCCUCUUCCACUCCCUCAACAAUGUAAUGAAAGCUGGUGAAUCAAGUCGGCCAAGACAUGGCCAUAGCGUAGAAAAUAUGCUGAAAAUGUCCUUGCUGAGCCUUGGGAGGAUCCAGGAGACGUUUCUGCAGCAGAAUCGGUGUGCUGAGCCUGAGGUGACUCUGACCUCUUCCACUGCUGCCCUGAUGCUGAGCAGGCAAAACAUAUCAACAUUGCCUCUGAGCUCUUACACCCUCGGUGACCCAGCUCCUGUGAGGUUAGGCUUUCCAUCAGCGUCCGCCCUGGAGGAGCUCUUGAAAAAACACCCAGGAGUUGAUGUCCAAGUAACAGGACUGGCUUUCAAUCCCUUCAGAGAUUUUGACAAGAAGAAGAUUGUUGGAAGCAUCGGGAGUGUGUUACUAAGCUCUAAUCAUAAAUUGCUCCAAGUCCAUGACUUAAUGGAGGAUAUUGAGAUCAUGCUCUGGAGAAAUGCGAGCAUGGAAACCCACCCCACCAGCCUCAACAUGAGCACAGACCACUUUACUAUCACAGUGAACGUCACCUCCCUGGAGAAGUCCCUGAUAGUGUGCAUAGAGCCUGAAGGCCCCCUGUCACUGACACUCUACCUGGGGUUCCAGCACCAGCCCAACCACACCCACUUCCACCUGCCGAAGGAGAAGGUGUCGCAGAAAGAUGAGAAAUACACAUGGGUGCUGAGGCCAGAGAAACUGUGGUAUGGGGUCGGCACCUACUACAUCACAGCCGUGUUGGAUAAAAGCAAGGAGGGCACUCGGCAGACGCCCACCCUGCUCUCGGUGGUCACUGCUGUCACUCAGUGCUAUUUCUGGGACAGCCUCAACAGCAUGUGGAAGAGCAGUGGAUGCCAGGUCGGGCCGCAGAGCACCCUGGUAAGGACACAGUGUCUCUGUAACCACCUGACCUACUUCGGCAGCGAUUUCUUCCUUGUGCCCCGGACGGUGAAUGUGGAAGACGUGGCUGAGCUGUUCCUUCGAGUGACCAGCAACCCGGUCGGGGUAUCCCUGCUGGCCAGCCUUGUCGGAAUCUACAUGCUCAUAUUCGUGUGGGCUUGGAGAAAGGACCAGGCCGACGCACAGAAGGUGAAGGUCACCAUCCUGGCUGAUAAUGACCCCAGCUCUCAAUUCCACUACCUUAUCGAGGUCUCCACGGGCUAUCGAAGAAGGGCCGCGACGACAGCCAGCGUAGUCAUCACCCUUUAUGGAUCAGAGGGGCGGAGCCAGCCCCACCACCUUUGUGACUCCCAGAAGGUGGUCUUUGAACGCGGGGGACUGGAUGUUUUCCUCCUGGGCACUCCAUCCUCUCUGGGGGAGUUACACAGCCUGCGGCUCUGGCAUGACAAUUCUGGUGCCAGCCCUGCUUGGUAUGUAAGCCAGGUAACUGUCACUGACAUAGCAGGUAAAAGGAAAUGGCACUUCCUGUGCAACUGUUGGCUGGCCGUGAACCUUGGAGACUGUGAGCGCGACCGGGUCUUCAUGCCAGUCUCAAAGAGGGAGCUGUUUUCCUUUAGACACCUGUUCUCCUCCAUGAUCAUAGAGAAGUUCACCCAGGAUUGCCUGUGGCUCUCAGUCGCAACUCGACACCCCUGGAACCAGUUUACGAGGGUCCAGCGGCUCACCUGCUACAUGACCCUCCUUCUCUGCAACAUGGUCAUCAACGUCAUGUUCUGGAAAGUGAACAGCACCACCACCAAGAGAGAUGAGCAAGCUCGGGUGGGCCCGUUUGCUGUGACCUGGUCUGAACUGCUCGUCAGCAUCCAAACUGCAGUCAUCUUUUUCCCCAUCAGUCUUGUGAUCGGGCGGCUUUUCCCGUUGAUCCAACCACAGGAGCCUCUGCCUGUCUUUCCUCCCAUCCAGGCCUCCUGCCUCUCGGAUGCUUCUUCAGAGCCUCUCUCUCUCACGGAGGUGGUUGAGGAAUUAAAGGAAACUGUGGGAUUCCUGCUCAGGAGAAAUAUGUACCUACUCUCAGAGUGCGAACCAUCUUCAUGGCGUUCUGACAGCAUAAACGAGCUGCUGAAGCUUUUGUCCGGCCUCAUCUGUUCUUACUUAGAGCAUCCAGGCUGUCCCCAGCAGGCAGGACCCUACUGGGCAAAUGUGGUUCCUGAAAACCACCAUCAUUUCUGCAGUUACCUGCUCAGAGUUCUGCAGAGGCUCCAAUCUCACUUACAGACACUGAGUCCCACCCAGGCCGAUCACCCCAGUGACUUCCUUGAUGCAGUCCACCAACUGCAAAAACUCCAGGAACUCUUGGAAACCCAUGUUCUUCCCACAGAGCAAGGGCUAUCCAGGGAGGCAACCAGUUUCCCCAUCCUGAGCCCAGAAGAAGGGAAGCAGCGUCUCUCUAAAGGCUGGCACAGGUGGUUGACAUACUUCUGCUGGCUCCUUCUGGGUGUCACUAGCCUGGCCUCAGCCUUCUUUACAGCACUUUAUAGCCUGGAACUGAACAAAGACCAAGCCACCAGCUGGGUUAUUUCGAUGAUACUGUCAUUGCUUCAGAACACCUUCGUCAGCCAGCCAGCAAAGGUGAUCUUCCUCACGCUGUUCUACUCACUGAUGCUGAACAGGCUGCCACAACUUCACAAAGAGAAGGAACAUCAAACCAGGAGGAUCUUGGCACUCUGGGCAAGAUGUCCUUCCUCAUUACCUGGUUCAAGAGAUAAGAACAACUCCAUCUAUGUAGCCCCCACUAUGAACACGCCAGUCAAGUGCCCAGGAAGAGCCUUGGAAGAGAAGAAGUUCUUCAAGUUGACAGGAGAUGUUUUAGCACAAAUCCUUUUCCUUACCCUGUUGAUGACUACAGUCUACUCGACGCAGAACUCCAAUAGAUUUUACCUCCGUCAAGCUAUCCACAAGAGCUUUUCUCACCGUUUCUCAGAGAUCAAACUUCUUAAGCAUUUCUACACCUGGGCCAAUAGCACCCUCCUUCCCAACCUGUACGGGGAUUACAGAGGAUUUAUUACUGAUGGAAACUCCUUUCUUUUGGGCAAUGUUCUGCUUCGUCAGAUUCGCGUUCCUGGUGCCACAUUCUUUACAACUAGACUCUCUCUCCAAGAACAACUGAAGCCAUCUCACCAAGUUCAGGAGGAUACAGAGAACUAUGGGGUUAACUGGGGGCCCCCUGAUAAAAACAACACGACAUCGGACAGGAUCUGGCAUUACCAGAAUCAGGAGGCACUGGGUGGCUACCCCAUUCAAGGAGAAUUUGCCACUUACUCUGGAGGAGGGUAUGUUGUGAGACUUGGAAGAAACUCCAGUAAUGCACGCAGAGUUCUGCAGCAACUUGAACAGAGCCACUGGCUAGACCAUUGCACCAAAAGCCUCUUUGUGGAAUUUGUGGUCUUCAAUGCUAAUGUGAACCUGUUCUGUGUAGUGACCCUGAUUUUGGAGUCCAACAAUGUAGGUAUGAAGGCCUCCUCUCUUCCCUCUGUGACCUGGGAACACUUGGGGUUAUCUGAAAGAGAGUUGGAAGGGCAGAAGGCAAAUUUAAAAGCUCUUAACUCCAGGUGUUCUUUCUUUCUCUCAGGUGCCUUCUUCACCUCCGUGAGACUGGACAUUUUAACUUUCCUUCAGAUAUCAAAGAACUUUGCCUGGUCUGUCAUGUCACAAGUCAUCUACUAUCUACUGGUCUGUUACUAUGCCUUUGCACAGGGUCGCCAGUUGAAACAGCAGAGGUGGAGGUUCUUCAUGAGGAAAAGAAACCUUCUAGAUAUGAGCAUAAUCCUCCUUAGCUUUGUCAUCUUGGGACUUGACCUGACAGUUAUUUCUCUACUUAAAAAACACAUGGUACAAUACCACUAUGACCGAGACAGGUUCAUCAACUUCUAUGAGGCAGUUAAAGUCAACUCAGCUGUCAUUCACCUCAUGGGUUUCCUAGUUCUUUUGGCAACAGUUCAGCUAUGGAGCCUGCUGUAUCAAAACCCCAGGCUGCAGGUCAUUGACAGAACACUCAGCAAAGCCUGGGACGAGGUAGUGGGCUUCUUGCUGGUCAUCUUGAUCCUGCUGACAGGCUAUGCCAUUGCGUUUAACCUGCUGUUUGGAUGGAGCAUCUCCGACUACCAAACUUUUCUCAGUUCAGCAGUAACUGUUGUCAGUCUCCUGAUGGGAAUCUCUCAUCACAAGGAGGUUACUGCUGUGAACCCAGUCCUGGGCUCCUUUCUUAUCUUCACCUAUGUUGUUUUGAUGGUACUUAUGAUCAUUAACCUUUUUGUUUCUGCCAUUUUAAUGGCCUUUGGUAAAGAAAGGAAAUCUCUUAAGAGAGGCGCCACACUGAUGGAUAUGCUGUUGCUGAAGCUGUCAAGUUUGUUAGGGAUCCAGCAGCAUCAGAGCACAUGUCAGCAAACAGCCCUAACAGCAACAGCCACGGACAAAUGAAGGUUUAAAAGGUGAGUUACCUUAAUCCUGUUGUCUCCUCAUGUGGCUUAUUACUUCUGAGUAUAUUAACACUGAUCUUUGCAUGGUGUACUUUGGGAAAUGUUUAUAUAGUAUAUUUUGUUAAUUUUCCUAGUGAAGAAUCAAAAAUCCCCUUGGCACUAAAAGGGUGAUGCAGGAUGAACCAACUCUGCUGCCUAGCAGCAAGUUAGAGAGCACUUACCAUUCAUGUUCCAAAAAUAUGAGUCACAAGUAAGCUCACUGCAACUUUAUAAUCAAAGACACAAGCAUGAGAUCUGGCUCAGGGGGAGUGCUGUCACAGAGAAGUAACCAUGCCAGCUCCCAGAUUACUAUCUGGGCUUACAUACAGAGAUCAAAAUGGGCUUCUUACUCCCCAACUGUCCAUCCACAUUAUCCAGGGAGCAAAAGGAUGGUCUAACUUGUACCCAAUAUUGGUUACUUGCUUAAAAUACUCUCCACUAAAAGCUGAAUUUGCCCCUCAUCAUUUUACCCAAACUGGAGAAACCAGGGCACAAUAUUUUUAACUUUAUUAGCAGCUACUGAGCCAUGAGAUACAAAUCAACCAAAAACAUUAAAGUUGCUUGAACAGAGUAUGUACAGAUUUACCACACAGAAGCCAAAGUCAUAUCUUCUGAUCCCAACGCCACCCUUGUGGGGAAAGAUGGCCUUAGCUAGGGGGCAAAAGGGUUAGUCUCAUCCAUUGAGGGAAGCAGCAAAACCAUUAGAGCCACACAGGCACCAAAAAUUUAUUUGAGAUCAGUUUGUAGAGGUUCUCUUGAUCAUAAAGUCUUCAAACGAGAACAGGAAUCCCUUUUCAAUAAUCUGUAGGCUUUCCAGCUCACUACUCAAGAGACUUGAAUAUUUCUAAUUAAGGCUACUGGAAGCCCACCUUAGCCUUGACUGGUGACUUCUGCUCAGUACAUAGCCAAAUGCAAUCCAA